AUGAAAGGAGAGGCAGGCAUUGUGGGAAUGAAAGGAGUGCGCGGAGCUGUGGGAAUUAAAGGAGAGCGAGGCAUUGCGGGAAUGAAAGGAGUGCGCGGAGUUGUGGGAAUGAAAGGGGAGCAAGGCAUUGCGGGAAUGAAAGGAGUGCGCGGAGCUGUGGGAAUGAAAGGAGAGCGAGGCAUUGCGGGAAUGAAAGGAGUGCGCGGAGUUGUGGGAAUGAAAGGGGAGCGAGGCAUUGUGGGAAUGAAAGGAGUGCGCGGAGCUGUGGGAAUGAAAGGGGAGCGAGGCAUUGCGGGAAUGAAAGGGGUGCGCGGAGCUGUGGGAAUUAAAGGAGAGCGAGGCAUUGCGGGAAUGAAAGGAGAGCGGGGCAUUAUGGGAAUGAAAGGAAGAAAAGGAGACAAAGGAGAGAAAGGAGAAAGCGCCAGAGCAACUCAAACAAGUGUAGUACCACAAACCAACUGGAAACAAUGUGUGUGCAAAUCAAGCAGCGAUACUGAUAACGGAAAGAUUAAGGUAAAAAUAAAUAGAAUAAGAAUCAUAACACACUCCUAAGAAAAUUCAUUCCUUUUUAAAUUAAAAUGCUUCAAAGAAGAACGUCUCUCCUCUCACUCACCGUUUGCUAACACAUAACAGAAAUAACUAAGUUGGAUUUCUCUCUACUUUGGUUCUUUUUUGAACGAAAAAAAAGAAAACCAUCGUGAGUGUUAAAAUGAUUCCUGCCAUAUGGAGAAGAACAACAAAAAUUUAAGCUAUUACAGAGUUUUUAACAUUAGGAAGUAAUCUUGACUGGAGUUGUUAGUAUCAAUCAUUACACACGGUUGCUCGCCUUACUACAAUUAUAUGUUUAAUUUUAUUCCAGGACUGUGCAUUUAACAAACUGCAGUCUCAUUCAGCUCUCAGAGUCUCAUUCCAGGGAAACAUGAGGGUCCGGGGUUAUGUAAACAAGUGCAAUCGCUGGUAUUUCAAGUUCAAUGGAAACGAAUGCAGUGGGCCAAUGACGAUUGAGGCUGCUGUUUAUAACUACUGGUCAUCUGGGAACCCUAAUCUGCUGCAUCAUCGGUCAUUUGAGGGGUACUGUGAAAACAUUCCACAAGGUGCUGUUAGAGUGGAAUUAUGGGUAGGACAGUGCAGUGGCUACAAGGGUGAUGCUUACACUGGGUGGAAUUCAGUGUCCCGGAUAAUGAUUGAAGAAGUAUCUAGGUCCCAGUCCUAA